AUGGAGUUUGAUCAUAUUUUUGGAACUUUUAAUAAUAGUACUACAGAUAUUAUGGAGUUAGACAGUGUUUUUAAACUCUUUAAAAAUAGUAUUAUGAAUAUUAUAGAGUCAAACCAUGUUUCUGUUACUUCUAAUUAUACUAUAGAUGUUAUAAAAUUGGAUUAUGCAUUUGUUACUUCUAAUGAAAAUACUAUAGACAUUAUAAAGUUAGAUCAUGCUUUUGUAAUUUCUAAUAAAAGUACUAUAGGCAUCAUAGAAUCAGAUCAUGUCUUUAAAACUUUUAAUAAUAGUAUUAGAGAUACUACAGAAUCAGAAGGUAGUUUUAAACCCUUUGAUAAAGUUUUUGUAGAUAACAGUAUUGUAGAAUUAGAAUGUACUUUUACAACUUUUAAUGAGGCUUGUGCAACUAUUGAGAGAUAUGCUGUACAAACAAAUACUGUUCCAGAAUGUGAACUUGUAAAGUCUGGCAUUUAUGAGAUUGUUGAAAGUAAUGCUGAUACUUACAAUGUAAUGCAAAUUGAUGAUAAUACAACACAUAUUGUAUAUAUCAAAGCUCUCAUUUAUUUAUUAUUUUUACAUAUUAGUGUUCCUUUGAGUGAAAUUCAUCAGCAUUGGAAUAUGAAGCAUUACCUUAUGCAGCAAGCUUUUAGCCAUAUUACUAAAUAUGGAAAAGUACCAGUAUUACAAUCAAGUAAUUCAAAUGUCUCAUAUAAAAGCACUUUUAAUACAAUCAGUAUUGAUAAUUUAACAAGUUAUAAUAAAAUUAAUAUGCCAACAGUCAAAUGUGAACAUAGUUGA